UCUAUCACUUGUGACUGGGCGUUGCAUUUCUUUGUUCAGGGCUUUCGAGAUAGCUUUGGUGUAAAGCUUCUUCUUCUUCUCAACCUUUAUUGUAUUAUCGUACGCGUUUUUGUUUAUCAAAGUUGUUUGUUUACCUGCGUCAUUUGUUAACUUUCGAUCGGUGCAAACUUUAUCUGCAACAGAAACAAAAUGGCCUGGUCGCAGAAGCAGUUCUUAUUCGCACUUACUAUGGUAGUAACGGGCUCCAUCAAUACUCUAAGCACAAAAUGGGCUGAUAACAUCGAAUCCGAAGGAUCAGAUGGGCAAGUGAGACGAUUCCAGCAUCCAUUCGUGCAGGCGUGUGCGAUGUUUCUUGGAGAGUUUCUUUGUUUACUCACCUUCAAAGCCGUGUACUAUCACAUGCGUCGUAAAAAUAAUGGUGCCGAAGACCGGCAUGAUCUCGUCCAAGGCAAUCGUGAGUUUAGUCCGUUCAUCUUGUUUGUGCCAGCUAUGUGCGAUAUGUUGGCGACUUCCAUAAUGUAUGUUGGUCUCAAUCUGACCUACCCCUCUAGUUUCCAGCUGCUAAGAGGAUCAGUCAUUAUUUUCGUGGCUAUACUGAGCGUCGCAUUUCUCAACCGUACAUUAGUUAAACGAGAAUGGUUUGGAAUUGGCUUCAUUAUGGUGGGCCUCGUAGUCGUCGGUUUGUCUGAUGUGGUGUCGAACGACAAUACGGGCUCGCAAUACACAAAGAACAAUGUUAUCACUGGCGAUUUGCUGAUCAUACUGGCACAAAUUAUCACUGCGGUGCAGAUGGUGUACGAAGAAUACUAUGUUACCGCGUUGAAUAUUCCAGCUCUCCAGGCCGUAGGAUGGGAAGGUUUCUUCGGCUUUUCCGUGCUAGGUACAUUACUGCUGCCAAUGUACUUCAUUCAUGUGAUGUAUCCAUUCAACAGUAAUGCACAUGGUGUACUUGAGGAUCUGCCCGAUGCACUCGCACAGUUGGGCAACAAUUAUCAACUAAUCAUGGCCAUAUGUGGUAUGAUUGUGUCAAUUGCUUUCUUCAACUUCGCGGGAAUCAGCGUGACAAAGGAGAUAUCCGCAACCACUCGGAUGGUACUCGACUCUGUGCGCACUCUAGUCGUCUGGAUGGUUUCACUGCUGCUAGUUUGGCAAAAGUUUCACUAUUUGCAGCUCAUAGGCUUCGCCGGGCUUUUGUUCGGGAUGUGCCUGUACAAUGAUAUUGUGGUUCUUCAAACCUACCGGCGAUUGAAAGUUGCUCUGUUACUGCGUAUAGGGCGACAGUCGUCUGAUCGGAUGAGUGAGGUAAUAAUAAACCGGCAAGCGGACGAACCGGACCGUUAGACUGAUACUACUGCUAAGGGAUAACUGAUCCGACAGAUAUUUGGAAAAUCGUUUCAUGUAUGUUUAAUGUUGUAGUUCUUAUUUUGAUACUCUCUGAUGUAUGUGUAUCAAAGAAAUGUCUCACAAAAUCCACUCUUGAUUGGUAGGGGAAUAAAUAUAAAACAAACAUUUUUCUGGCGUACCGGAGUGUAUUCUUUGAACCAUUUUAUUCAAUAAUUUUAUCAACCAUUGGUACCUUUU